AUGGCUCCACUCUGAGAACAGAAGAAAGACAAAGACUAGCCCGGGAGCGAAGAGAAGAGCGGGAAAAGCAAAAUGCUGCCAAAGAAACACAGAUAUUUGAAAAGGAAAAAAAAGCAAAACUCCAGUAUGAAAAACAGAUGGAAGAAAAGCAGAGAAAAUUGAAAGAACAGAAACAAAAAGAAGAACAGAGAAGAGCUGCAGUAGAAGAAAAAAGAAAACAAAAAAUAGAGGCGGAAAAGGAGCGAUAUGAAGCAGUUGUGCAUCGUACCUUGGAGCGGAGCCAACGACUGGAAACACGACAAAAGAGAUGGUCAUGGGGAGGGUCUGUAACUUCAAAUUCAGACAGCAAGACUGAGCCACAGACUGCAGAUGAAGGUGGAGCUGCCAGCAAACGUUCCACAUCCACAGCAAACCUCAAACAAACAGAAGCUGUCAUGAACAAACGUUUGUCAUCUUCUGCAGCACUUCUAAACUCUCCUGAUCGGAGUACCACAAAGAGAAGUGCUUCAUUAAACAGACUGAGUAACAAAGUUUCUCUGCAGUCUGAGCAGCCACCACCAAAAGGUUCACAGGUGGAACAGAAAGGCGGAACAGAAAAGAAGAGGAGCACGUCUUUGACUAGAAUAAGUAGUAAACCUCAUUCUUCUACUGAACUAGAGAAAGUGAAAAAGGAAGAAAGACCAGCUCGUCGCUCUCAGAUCAGUCCUCUGGAGAGUAAUGUAAUCAGUCGCCUCCUCGCCCCCACACAGGCCUCCUUAGCUAGGAGUAAAAGUGCUGCUACAUUAUCGGCUGAUGGACAAGAUCCCUCAGAAUCUCACCUCUGUCCUCGUUCAGCUUCGGCCAGUUCCAUCAGUUCUCCAAUCCAAACGCCUAAAGUGCCUGUGCGCAGCCGUAGCAUCGACCGAUUGAAGACCACUGUAUCUUCAUCUGACACCAGCUCUCCAGAAUCCACACAGAAAUCGGCGACAGAAAAGCAGUCCUUAAGUCCUGCUGGGAGGCGCCCUCCAUCGCCAUCUGCGUCAGCUCGUAGAAGAUCUCCGUCCCCUGCUAACUUGGCAAAACGUCCUUCAUCUCCCUCUACAGUUAGACAAAAUCAAAAGGCCCGUCCACCUUCACCUAGUGUAUUGAAACAAAGGCCAUCAUCCCCCACUACAGUCUCCAAACCAGCACCUAUUCAACGCCUGCCUCUCACACCAAGUGUUGUGAAUAUUACCAAAAAGAAAUCUGAAAUGGAAUGCAAACCAAAGGACAAGUGCGAAGAAGGAGCAGGACAAGAGCAUGGCACUUCUCCAACCUCUGAGAGGGAAACUGUCGCAAUUGCUGCAAAGACCAAAGAAGAAUCUAGUAGCAAAAAUAUUCCGGGAACCACAACAGCCGAAGAAGCCGCUAAAAUCUUAGCAGAGAAACGACGUCUUGCCCGGGAGCAAAGAGAACGUGAAGACCAGGAAAGAAUUCAGAGAGAAGAGGAGGAAAGGAGCAGAGAAGAAGAAAUGGUAAAGAAAAUGAUUGAAGAUAAAGCACAAAGAGAGGAGGAGCUCCAUAGACUGGAGGAAGAAAAACGACUUGAUGAUGAAGAACAGCAAAGACAAGCUGAAGAGAGAGCUCGCAAAGACCAGGAGGAGCAGGAAAAAUUAAGAGAGGAAGCUGAAGCAAAAGCCCAAGAAGAAGCUGAAAAACAACGGCAGGAGCGAGAGAGGAUUAUGCAGCAAAAUAUGCAGGAGAGACUUGAAAGGAAAAAGAGAAUUGAAGAAAUAAUGAAAAGAACUCGGAAGUCAGAACAGAAUGAAGCCAAGAAUGAAGAGAAGUCUGCUAACGAGGCUGACGAGGAAGAGGAUGCUGAAGAGGAGGAAGAGUUGGGCCUUGAAAAAACAUAUCAACCAGAAAAGAUAAAUGGUGUUGAUCUGUCUCAAGAAAUCAAGGUGCAGACACAAUAUAGUUCUGAGUUUGCAUGUGGUUUGACUUCUACAGAAUCUUCAAUGCAAGAUAUGUCAAAAAUGGAGGCGGAUAAAGUACUUAUGAAUGGAGAUGAGCAAGACAUUUAUCAGAAGAAGAAGAAGGAGGGGUCUUUGCAUGGUAUGCAGCUAAAGGAUUACAGUCCUUCAGCAAAAGAAAUGGUUAUCCAGAAUUCAGAAAUAUUGCACGUUAAUGAAGCUGAUCAUACGAUUGGACUUAUACAGAAUCUCAAUGGAAAAUCUAACGCAUGGACUUUUGAAGAAAUUAUUGAUCUUGGAGUACAUUCCAAGUCAACCAAACUGAGUUCAGACAGCAUCACUGCUGAUAACUGUAAUGAAAACUUGAAUGAUGCUGCUACAGUGCCCUCUAGUCCAAAAUUGGCAUUUGAGGACAAUGGCACAGUGAAUUCCUUGACCAAACCUAUCGAGACGGCAUCAGUUAGGAUCUCCAACACACCAGUUCAAAAACGUGCUCCUAACAAGAGAUCUCCACCCACAUGACAAGGACUCAUGUGGACAGGUGUUCUAAAUGGAGAAGCUGUGUAGUGGAAAUGGGAUGGUUACACUACCUGAGUCAUCUCUUCAGACAUGACAUAAAUUAGAGCAUUUCAAACUCCAGACAGCUGUCUGCUCUGUCCAGUUCCCAGAGGAUAGAUGUCCGUGUUUGUGUGUGUGUUUCAUGUACUUGUCCCAUAUAUGCCGUUGCAGUGUGCACCCUUGUUACCACUUAAAUGAAAGGCCAAAGAUUGUGACUGGGUCAUGGAAAUGGAGCGAAGGGCUUGCUCGUGCUAUGGUCCUUCCAGAUUGGAGUUCAGAUACAGUAGCUAGGUACACAGUGGCAGUGCUAUAUUGCUUCUGGGGGUAAUAGGAGGACUUCAGGCUUGGGUGCUUUCACACCUCCUUCCAUAGACACCAGUGAGGGUUGAAAUGUUCACCCCAGAUUCUUACUGCAUUUUGAAAGUUAGUCUAAAUAGAAUGACCAUAUUUUUGAGCCUAUUAAUAACAAACGCAGUUAAACAGAAGACGAGUAUAUUUAGUUAGAGAAACCAUAGUCUCUGGGCUGGGCUUUGGGCCUUGUUCAGCUACAUAUGUUUUGAGGUGUGAUGUAGCAGGUAUGUACAUAAUUUUACAAACUAAUAUAUUUACAUACUUGGCGUCUUGUAUGCAGUACAUAUUGCACAGCAUGAGAACAUUAACCACCUCUUCUUUGCUCUUUGGACAGAACUGUGAACACUAGAGUCCUGGAAAUAACCUGAUUGCACUUCAGUAAUCCAGUGUUUUAUCAAGUACCGAAGGCCUUGUUUUGAAAAGCUGCUUGUUAACCUUUACCUGUCUUCAAGCUUGCAAAAAAGACCAGCAGGGAAGGGAUAAUAAACUUCUAAAUUUGCACCUUGAAAACUUUCAGGGAGCCUUCCUUGCUGCUGUUCCUUUUCCAUUUGUUUAGCGGACUGUGUGACAAGCUUUCCUUGUUAAAUAUCACUUGCUCUCCUUUUACAAAAUCUCCGCUAACCUGUCUCCGGGUCCUUUUAUUUUCAUAUUAGUGUGAUGUACAGUCCCUGUGUGCCAUUGGAAGUUUACCAGCUGGCCACUGACAAAUAUUUUUGCAUGUUGAAGUGGCAGUUUGCAAAUUUAAAAUAAAAAUUAUGCAUUCCAUGCAUAUCAAAACCAAAUCCCAUCUGUUGUUUUCCUGUAACAUCUCUGUACAGUUGGUGAUACUAAUAGGAUAUUUAAGAAAAGCUAAAUUGGUCAGUUAUCUCUUUGAUCCAACACUGGGUUAAGAAACUGUUUUGGAUUAUUUCUAAUAUGAAAAUAUUAGUAGCUUCAAAAUACAGUAUUGUACAAUCAUUCAUACAUUUUAAUGUUACUGGAACGUCCUAAAAUUUUACAAUAUACACGAGUAUGUAUGCACUAAUAUACACUGCGAAAAUGUUGAGUACCUAAACGUGUUUGUUAUAGUGCAGUUUAACAUUUGUCAUGCUUUUUAAAAUGUUUUCAUUUGAAUUACAUAUUUAAGUUUAUCUACACUCAUGUAAGUAUUAUGUUGUGUACAUAACAGUAUUAGGCCAUUCAAGUCCUGGUUUUUGUUCAUGUUAAUUAUUCUACAUGUUCCUGUGCUAGCUUUAUAACAAUGACUGCAAAUAGCAUAGGUAUUCCCUUUCCUAAAGGCUGCAUUAAGUAAUUUAAUCUACAGUGACUUGCUUUUUACAGCAUGAAGAGAUUAACUGAGUAUCUUUUGCAAAGGGCUGCUACAAAAAAGUGUAAGUGCAGUCCUGUUCGUAUGCCUUUGUAAGAGAUACGGGAUAAUUUCUUUAAAGAAUUGCUUUCUCAAACCCUGCUUAAAUCCUUAGCUGACACUUCAGUACCAAUUAAUCAUCUGAAUGGCAGCUGCGUUUUCAGUGUUAAAAUGCAAACGUUCUUGCUGGAUCUAAAUGUGUUCCUUUCUUGACACCACGGUUAAAACAGGAAACCCUCAUCCUUCCUUCUUUCUCAACCCUUUGCUAUUCCAAGUAUCGUAGAACUGUUUUAGACUUAGAGCAGUGCCUUAGGUAAAAAGAAAAAUGUAUUUUUGUAUAAUAGCUGUUUCUGGCAGAGACAAUCAUUCUAACAAACAAGAUGCUGAUAUUUUUUUUCUGUGCAGAUGUUAUUUGUCGAAUGCUCUGUUACAGCUGUAUGUAAAUAUGUGUGCACUGUUAAAUAAACUUUGCAGUUGAACAAUG